CCUCUGAUUCUAUGUUGUUUCAAAUCACAAUUUGUGAGAAAAUCUAUUAUCUCUUCGUCUUAAAUAGCUUGUGUUAAACCAUGAAUUAGAAACGAAACCAAACCAAAAACCCAAACACAUGGGAACAUGAAGCAAGUUCUUUCGGUCUAGGUGUGUGUCUGUCUAUAUGGACAUAAAUUUUCUUCCUGUGAAAUUGACUGUACGCUAAUUAAUACGGCACCCACUUUUUAUCUUUUUCCUUUUACUUUUCUUUUCCCCAUUUAUUAUGGCAGAAGCUUAAGGUAGCAUAGACAAACCAACGUGUGCUUUGGCUUGUGGAGUUGUGGGCUAAUAAAUUUGAAGUCAAUCAAAAGUUGGCUACAACUAUGCAAACAGAAACCAUCUCUUCCUUACAGAUAGAGAGAGAGAUAAUGAUGGUAUAAAUAAAGAGAAGAAAGAAAGAGAAAAAGAAGAGAGAAUGGAUGUGAGGAACAUUGCUGUGGUGGUGGAAGAUGUGGAUGCAGCUAGAACUGCACUACAAUGGGCACUUCACAACAUCAUUCGUUAUGGUGACAUAAUCACACUCCUCCAUGUCUACCCUUUAACAAGAUCCAAAACAAAAAACAAAGCUCGUCUUCUUCGCCUCAAGGGCUUCCAAUUAGCACUUUCCUUCCAACAAGACAUAUUCAACAACUUCUCCAAUACAAAGGUUGAGAUUGUUGUCACGGAAGAGAACCGGGAGGGAAUGAAAAUUGUGGCCACGGUGCGUGAGCUCGGAGCUUCCAUGCUAGUGGUUGGACUUCAUGAUCAUAGUUUUCUUUACAGCUUGUCAAUGGUCCAUAACAACAUAGCUAACUACUUUAACUGUAGAGUGCUUGCCAUCAAUCAGCCUCUUGCUUCCCCAGUCAGUUCAACCAACAUGGACUUUUCACAUAUUGACAUCUCUGCCUUACAAGUGCCUGAAAUCCCUCAAGCAAAGAUAAAAUACCGGAUUUGCCCUGAUCCGACUGCAAUUAUUUGUCGGUUAAAGUGGUCAAAGAGAAGAAGAUGAAUGGAAGGUCAACACUUUAAUUGGAUAACAAAAUUUUCUUUUAAUUAAAUUGCUUUCUGAAAAAUUCAGACCAUCAUCUUUAAAAAGAAAUCUUAUAUAUUGCAUUAAAAAGAAGGAUGCAAUUAGCUGCUGUUUGUAA